AUGAGGACUUUUGAAAAUCUUCCAUGUGAAUGUAUCGUAGAGAUAUUAUUGUAUUUUGAAGAUAAUCAUUCAACUCUUCAUAAAUGUCUAUUCGUCAAUCGUUUUUGGUGCAAACUAGUAGUUCCUAUAUUAUGGCGUAGGCCAUUUCGACAGUGGUGUAACUCUUUUCAACGUGUCGAAAAACGUAUCGAAAGUAACUGGAAUUCUUUGUGCAGGACUUAUAUUGCAGCACUAAAUGAAGUUGAAAAAGAAAUCCUAACCCCGUUUGAUAAACGUCAUGAUUUUCCGCAACCAUUGUUUCAGUACUCUUCAUAUUUAGAAAAAUUUUCUUUUUCGGCUAUUUCAGGAAUAAUAAUGGAAGGUUGGAAAAUAAAUGAUAUGUGGAUUAACUUAUUUCAGGAUGAAACUAUUAAAAGGCUUAGAAGAAUGAUGACCGCUAUUCUUCAAUUAGUCUUGAGAACUAGCCAUUUAAGAGAGAUUGAAAUCUUAGAUUAUUAUACUACUCAGCUACCAUUCUUCUAUAAUGUUUUGGACAUUAUUCCAUUUUCCUCCUAUCAACUCGGAUUCUCACAAUUACGUAAUUUGACAAUACAUUGUAAUUCACAUACAUACCAUAAGGGGUUAUUAAGUAAUUUAUCGAGAUCGUGUACUAAUCUUCAAAGGCUAGAAUAUAAUAUCGAACAACAUAUAGAUUCCGAGACCAUGGACGCAUUGGCCAACAUCAUAACCACACAGUCUAAUCUAAAAAAGUUUUCGCUGAAUAAUUGUAAUAUCGUCUACAAUCAAGGAAGACUUAUAAGUUAUCUACACUCUCAGAAGGAAUCUUUAACCUCACUUUCUAUCUAUUUUAUUGAUUUAUCAAUUAUUAAUCUGAAUAGAAUUGCGGAGUAUACAAAGCUAGAAACCAUGAAAAUAUGUAAUUGUCAUUGGACUAUAAAGGGCAGCUACGAAAUGUUUUUGCGAUCACCAAUUCAACUCAAGAGUUUGACUUUUAGUAAAAAUAGAUUCGAAGAUAAUACAAUUUUAGAUGCACUCAUCGAAAAAGCUGGCAAAAAUUUGUUGAAAUUGUGCACUGACAAGGUACCCGAGAAAACAAUGAAGUAUUUGUUUCAAUUCUGUCCAAACGUAUCUAAAUUUACGUUACUUUACCAAGGGAACUGUAAGGAGUUUUUGUGUUAUUUAAAAGGGUCCAGGAUAAGGCAAUUAGUCAUUAAAUCUCACAUCAAUUCAGACAAAUUAUUGUUUUCUCUGGGAAAACAUGUUCCUUCUAGCUUAGAAAAAAUAUUUCUUCGUUGUGAUUUUACCCCGGUAUAUCUCAGAAAUUUUCUACAUGACUAUAGUACUCUGUCAUUAAAUACAUUAGAGACUUUAUAUAUCAAGGACAGAUAUGAUCACACUUAUGGCUACCUUCAGGAAAUUAAGUCUUGUAUUGCAUGCAAUUUAAUGAAAACUAUUGUGCUAGAAUCUUUUAUAUAUACAGACGAUGAAUUAGAUUUAUUUCAGAAUAUCAGAAAAAAGGGAAUUAAUCUUAUUUUGCAAGAGGCGGUUUAG